AUGCUAGCAUGUUCCACGCUUGCAGUAAGGCAUGGCGCGCGACACAGUCAUACCAUUUCUUCCGUGAGACAGAUAUCUCCCGAAGCUGAGAGUCAGAGAGAGGGGGAAGAGAGAAGGAGAGAGAAAGAAAAAGAGAGGGAGAGAGAGAGAAUGAGAGAGUCCUCGUCACCACCCCAGCCCCUCACCCCGGCUCAGCCUGCCUCACCACCCCAGCCUGCGUCACCACAGGCACCAUCACUCAUCACCACACCACCUAUCCUCACCACCCCAGCCUCCUCACCACCGCAGCCCCGCGAUGAAAGCAGCUUUACUAGAUACGAGGACUGA